GCCUAUUCAUUUGAUUCCUCUCUCAUCUCAUUUCUCUCGUGAGAGAGUUAUGAGAAUAAGGCAAAAGCUCACAUUUUUUCCGAUACCCAUUUCCAAUUUCGCUCAUCCAGAGGAAUUAUCAUAUUGAUGAAGCAGAAAUCAGUAAUGUCGGCGCCGCCGUGGCUUGAGCCAUUACUCACCACGCCCUUCUUCUCAAUCUGCCACACCCACAGCCACGCGGCUAGGAGCGAGCGGAAUAUGUACUGCCUCGAUUGCCACACUGACGCAUUCUGCUUUUACUGCCGCUCAUCGCAUCACAAGGACCAUCAAGUCAUUCAGAUUAGGAGAUCUUCGUAUCAUGAUGUGGUGAGAGUUGCAGAGAUCGAAGAUGCUUUGGAUAUCAGUGGUGUCCAAACGUAUGUGAUUAAUAGCGCGAGAGUGAUGUUCUUAAACGAGAGGCCUCAGCCAAAAGCCGGGAAAGGAGGAGCUCAUAUCUGUGAAAUUUGUGGGAGAAGCUUAUUGGAUCCAUUUCGUUUCUGUUCCCUCGGCUGUAAGCUGGUAGGGGUGAAGAGGAAUGGGGAAGAUGCGAGCUUUAACGUGGAGGCGAAGAAAGAGGCAAUGGGGAUGGAAAGAAGAGAAGGAAUUUCAUCGAGGAGAAGGAAGGGUAUUCCUCAUAGGGCACCUUUUGGGGGUUGAUUCAAUGCUGCCUUUCCAAACCAAUUCUUUCCAUGAUUUGGGGUAUUUGUCCAUACAAAUAUAGGGUAUGUCCCUAAAAAUCGAAAUAAAAUGAUUAAUUUUGAAAGGGUAUUUGGAUGUGAAGAGGCAAUAAUGGAGGGAUUGUUAUGUUCAUAAUUGCUAGGUGUAUAUUUGUUUAUUGAGAAAUUAAAAAUAAAUAAAGAAUAGAACAUGUCCUUGUGGAGUCCGUUUCA